ACCCACAAAGUGAGUUUACUUGCUGCUGGUGUAUUUGGUCACAGCCUUGGUUCCUUCACUGACAGCGUGUUUGGCCAGUUCACCGGGCAGAAGCAGCCUGAUGGCAGUCUGGAUCUCGCGAGAACUGAUGGUUGAUUUCUUGUUGUAGUGGGCAAGGCGGGAAGCUUCGGUGGCGAUGCGCUCGAAGAUGUCGUUGACAAACGAGUUCAUGAUGCCCAUGGCUUUGCUGGAGAUACCAGUGUCAGGGUGAACUUGCUUCAACACCUUGUAGAUGUAGAUGGCAUAACUUUCCUUUCUCUUUCCCCUCCUCUUCUUCUUUCCAUCAGAUGGAGCCUUUGCCUUUCCAGCUCUCUUCUCGCCUUUCUUUCCUGCAACUUUGGGUGCCAUGUCUGUCGAUCAGAAUGGAAGUGAAUGCAAUGAGUUGACCCAGAUUCUAUUUAUAUGAAAACCAUUAGGGGAUCAAUUAACAUACGGAUCGAAAUCCUUAAGUUUUAAUUGGUUACUCUAUUUCAAGGUCCAUGUGCUUCUUGAAUGUACAUCAUCAUAUUUCAUAAACACUUAAAAUUAUUAAGUCUAAUUGGUGCGUUUCGAUCCCAUUCAAAUUUUGCCGCGCGUAUAAACUCCAAGGUUUUUUUAAAGAUCAGUUCAUUCACUCGUGCAUUUUCGAGCUAAAACGACUGUGUUGAAAAUAUGUCUGGUCGAGGUAAAGGAAAAGCAAAGGGCACCAAGUCCAAAAGCCGAUCAUCCCGAGCAGGACUUCAGUUCCCUGUUGGACGUAUCCACCGUCUUCUUCGCAAAGGCAACUAUGCCGAGCGUGUUGGCGCUGGUGCUCCAGUCUACUUGGCUGCGGUGCUCGAGUAUUUGAGCGCCGAGAUCCUUGAGUUGGCGGGCAAUGCUGCUCGUGACAACAAGAAAACCAGAAUCAUUCCCCGUCACCUUCAGCUUGCUGUCCGCAACGACGAAGAGUUGAACAAACUGCUUGCCGGCGUCACCAUCGCGCAAGGAGGUGUUCUUCCCAACAUCCAGGCUGUACUUCUGCCCAAGAAGACCGAGAAGAAACCAAAAGCCUAAACAGUCCUACGCGGCGUUAAAACAAACGGCUCUUUUAGGAGCCACCACAUAUAACAAAAGUCAUGAUCAUAAAGAGCAAAAUAUAUCAACCAAUUAGUACAUCUAUUCUUUGCGAAUAAGUCAGUGAAGCCGUAAAGUAACCCCCUGUUUAGCCUGCAUGAUAAUCCUCAGUGACAACUUACGGUUAAAACUCCAUUGAUGAAAAGAGAAAGCAGUUUCGGGUACAGUAAAAACCCACGAGUAAGAACCUAAGAUUUAAGAACCUGUUAGGCUAAAAUUUGCAAUUUAGAUCCCCUCUAUAUAAGAACCUCUUUAGCCUAAAAUUUGGAGAAUUGUUCUUAUUUUCAAAAAUCAUUUUAAAAAAAUAUUUACUAAUUGCAAUUGCAAAAGGCAAGUUAGUACAUAAUUAUAUAAACGUUGUUUGAUUGAGGUCAUUGAGAAAAUGUUUAUAAUAUUGUGUUUUACAGCACAAUCAUGUAUAUAAAGUUGUUUUGACUCAAGAAAUUAAAAUUCAUGUGAGAAUAGAUCUCUAUUAUGGUCAUAUUAAAAUAUAAGCAAUCGUUACAUAUGCAAAUUUAAGGGUGCUGAUCACUAAAAUCUUCUUCGCAACGACAUAAUUUUUUGCAAGAAAUUAAGAACCUAGAUAGCGUAAAUUUAUGUUCACCACCAUUUAUGUAAGAGCCUGUUUAGGCUAACCCUGGAAAAUGUAGGUUCUUACUCGUGGGUUUUUACUGUACUUCAUACAGAAAGAAAAUGAACUGCAUACGAAACGACCACAUUUUGGAGAGGGAAAGAAUUGGGCAAACUGUGAUAAAUCAGUGAAAUAAUAUGGGUUUUCCGAAAUGUCUCAUAGAUCACCGCGCUUCACCAAAUGCAAAUCUGUUCAGGACGCCGGCACGCAACUCGUUUCUCUUUUGUUAUCAAGGAGCGUCCUUUAUACAGUUGAUUGCUUUUGGGCAAAAACGCAUAUUUGCUAGAACCUCUACAACGAAAUUAUACAAAAAUAUUUAACGGUCAGUUGUUGUCAGAAAUUUCCUAACAUUUCUACAUAACGAUAAUUAACACCACUGACACUCUUAUCUUCAACGCGAAAACUCUAGCCUGGGCCCUCUCCUAUUUGGGGAAGCGAAGCGAGCAUUGCGAGAACGCGCGAACGAGGGGCCGAAGAACACGCGGUGUACACUGAAUACGAGAGAAAUGUCACUUUAUUGGCUAUGACUUUUAAAGAUUUGGUGGCUCUUAGAAGAGCCGUUUGUUUGAGUGGGUAACGCAAAGAUCUAACCGCCAAAUCCGUACAGAGUACGUCCUUGACGUUUGAGAGCGUACACCACAUCCAUGGCGGUCACAGUCUUGCGUUUAGCGUGCUCGGUGUAGGUAACAGCAUCACGGAUCACAUUCUCCAGGAAAACUUUGAGAACACCACGAGUCUCUUCGUAGAUGAGGCCAGAGAUUCGCUUGACCCCGCCACGGCGAGCAAGACGACGGAUAGCAGGUUUGGUGAUGCCUUGGAUGUUGUCACGAAGAAUCUUUCGGUGACGCUUGGCGCCUCCUUUUCCUAGACCUUUGCCUCCUUUACCACGACCAGACAUGUUGAUGAUCUUUCUUGAAGCAGAAUAAUGGCUCAAAUUGAGAAUUAUUCCUUUUAUACCACAAAUUAUGACCUCACGGGAAACAGGCUAAAAGAAGUGUGAUUAGUUGUUCGCCAUUGGUGGAUAGAAACAAAAGAGCCAUGAGGUCAAGAUAAUCAUUACCAUCAUAUUGCCUCACCAGACAAGACCGGACAUGUGAGAGGGGCAAAACAUUGACAUUGUCACCAAGAAACGUGCGACUUAACUUCUCAACGGAUUUUAUGCUGAUAUUUUCUAACAACUAAGAACGAAGCUAACAAAUAUUUGUUUCCCACGAAUGAAAAAACCUUGGCAGUCUCGGUUAUCCAAUGAAAUCGCAUAGUUUGUAACCAAUCAGGAAAUAGCGCGCUAAGAAUAAAAUAUUAGGGAUUACUGUCGAAAAAUUAUUCGUUGACUUUUGAGUUAGCAGAAAUGGCACGUACAAAGCAAACUGCCCGUAAAUCAACUGGUGGAAAAGCUCCACGAAAACAGCUCGCCACAAAGGCGGCUCGUAAGAGCGCGCCUGCCACUGGAGGAGUCAAGAAACCUCAUCGUUACAGGCCUGGUACAGUGGCUCUUCGUGAAAUCCGUCGUUAUCAGAAAUCCACCGAGCUGCUAAUCCGCAAGCUGCCCUUCCAGCGUCUUGUGCGAGAAAUCGCCCAAGACUUCAAGACCGACCUGCGUUUCCAGAGCUCUGCUGUGAUGGCUCUUCAAGAAGCAAGCGAGGCUUACCUCGUUGGUCUGUUUGAAGACACCAACUUGUGCGCCAUCCACGCCAAGCGCGUCACCAUCAUGCCCAAGGAUAUUCAGUUGGCCCGCCGAAUCCGAGGAGAGCGUGCAUAA